AGGGCAUGAGCGACCGCGACUCCUUAGCUCUUGACUCCAACUUCCGACUGCCUGAUUCCAUCAUCAUCAUUCCUCGCACUGAUGCUAAGCCUCGGUGCGCUGCGCGCACUUCACAUUCUUUUCUCAGAGUCGGCACAAAAACAUAAUUGCCUUUUGGGAGCGUGAAAUCCAAUCUAAUCUGAUUGCUUCCACGUCAACAGCGACAGCGAGUACGUUAAUACAACAAGACCAAACUUGGUCAAGCGGGUGACUUCAUUGGCCAAGCACUCUUCCGAACCUACCAGCACAAGGAAUUGCCCCAAAGGGACCGCUCGACUUUCCAAUCGUUACUUCCCGUUCCUCCAAGCCCAUCUUCAUCUUCACAUCAACUCUGCGAAAAUGGCGGAUCUUGCUGCAGCCACGCCGUCUCCACAGCCCGAUCUGAAUCGGAACCGUCUUCCGACUCUUUUCGAGGUCUUGAGUCGCCGGACUCUUCCUCCUGUAGACCUGUUUUCUUUCUACAUCUACAUGCGGGAUCAGCAGCGCUCAGUUGACUAUCUUGACUUUUGGCUUGAUGUCGCCCAGCACAUGUCGCUCUGCCGUCACUAUGUCCGUGAGCUGCGUCGGUCCGUUCUUGUCGGCACUCCGGAUCCGGAAAAGAGUUCGAAUCGAUCAUCUGGAAUCUUGGAACAGCUCGGAGAUAUGAACCACCCCGUCGCCGGCCCGUCGAUGUAUGCCUCAGAGAAGGAAAAGGAUCAAGAUGCGCAGAUGUCGGCGUUCUUACGGGAGGACCGGGGCGAUAACCACGAAUCCCCUCACAGCAGCAGCGGGAGACAGCGCCGGCCGAGUGCCAACCUCAGCACGCCGCGCGAGGUCGCGACAGAUUCGAACUCGCCUGCGCACACGGUUGCCCGACAGGACAUCCGAGCCUCGGCUGAAAAGAUCCUUUAUACCUUCCUUAUGCCGGGUGCCGAGCGCGAGAUUACCCUUCCUGGCUCGAUCACUCAGGAGGUCACCGCUGCCAUUGAGGAAGCUGGACGAGACGAUCCCGAGGUUUUCGACGUAGCUAAGGACUACGUGUUCCAGGCGAUGGAGCGUGAUGCGUUUCCAGGAUUUCUCCGCAUGAAGGCAUUGGGGAAUCUGAUUCCACCGACGCUUACCAUGCGCCUCAUCAUUGGGCUAGUGUCCAUGUUUGGUGGUUUUUGGGCGGGUUUCGUCUUGAUCUUCCUCGACGAAUCUCGUAUGGUACGGAACUGGCUCAUCCUUCCCUUCACGAUUGGUGUCUACUGUCUGGCCGCGUACCAGUACUCUCUGGACCCCAUACUUGCCCUGAUCGGCUUCAGCGAAUACACUCUAUUCAACUUCUCGCGAGUGCGGGAGCCGUACGUUCGGAAGCUUCUUGUUCGACGAGCGAUCAUGGUUCUCACCGUGACGCUGCUCAUCGAUGCUGCGCUUUGCGUCCUCUUCAUCCUCGUCCCGGGCAAACGCCUGUGAUUGG